CAUGCGCCAGGCCGGGAAGCGGAAGUACGGUAGCAACUCGCGGGCGUCGCAGCGACCGGUAGCCAUGCGCAGCUUGGAGGAGCAGGGGGCUCGGCCUAUAGCGAGCUCGUGUGGGUGCGCGAAGCCGGCCUUGGAGACAGGUAAUCUUUUAACUGAGCCAAUAGGCUAUUUGGAAUCCUGUUUUUUGGCCAAGAAUGGUACUCCAAGGCAGCCAUCCAUCUGUAGCCACUCACGGGCUUGUUUGAGGAUUAGAAAGAGCAUCUUUAAUAAUCCCGAGCAUUCCUUGAUGGGCCUAGAACAAUUUUCUCAUGUUUGGAUUUUGUUUGUUUUUCACAAAAACGGUCAUCUAAGCUAUAAAGCAAAAGUGCAGCCCCCCAGGCUCAAUGGUGCAAAGACCGGAGUGUUCUCCACGAGGAGCCCUCAUCGCCCCAAUGCAAUAGGACUGACCCUGGCCACGCUGGAAAAGGUCGAAGGAGGAACUAUAUACCUAUCUGGAAUUGACAUGAUACAUGGCACACCCGUGUUAGACAUAAAGCCCUACAUAGCUGAUUAUGACUCCCCACAAAAUUUGAUGGAACCUUUAGGGGACUUUAAUUUACAGAAUAACCAACAUAAAUCAAGGACUGUAUCCCAGUCUUAUAGCAAGACUGGCAGCUGUGACCAGCAACAGCUCUCAGAGUGCAAUAAAACACAGUGCUACCAUAGGACUAAGGAGAAGCCUAAAUGUCCUAAAGACAGAGCUUCAGAAGAAAACUACCCAAAACACAGUGACACAACAGGAACCCAUCGACCCUUGCCUGAGCACAGAGACAUAGAAACAGAUUUUGGUUUGGAAUCAAGAAGUGAUGAGAAUCUGAGUGUGGCAAAAGAACAGCUUGGGCCACCUGGUCUGGAGAAGAGCUCUCCAAAGGAAGGUAUGAAGAAGAGGCCAAGGAGCAUGAAAGCCACCAUGGACCUACAAGGAAGCAGUACAGAGAAACACCAUGCAGCUCCUUCCUGCCCUGCCAGGAUGACUAACAGGGCGCCCUGCAGCAUGGUUCCCGCCUGGGUGAGAGAGGCCACUGCAGCCCCCUUACAAGUCCGGUUUACUCCUCAUGCAGAGGUGGACCUUGGACAGCUCAGUUCAGGAGGUGAACCAGAUGUUGUUCAGACAGCAUUUAAAUAUUUUCAAUCUGCAGAGGAAGCAAAGAAUGCCAUUGAGGCUGUGCUGAGAGCCGAUCCUCGGUCUGUGUAUCGCCGAAAGCUCUGUCAGGACCGUCUGUUUUACUUUACAGUGGACAUAGCACAUGUCACUUGCUGGUUUGGUGAUGGCUUUGCAGAGGUUCUAAGGAUCAAGCCAGCUUCUGAGCCCAUUCAGAUGACAGACCCUGAGGAGUCCUUGGUGUCUCUGGGAUCUUAAGGAGCCUUCAUCGUGUCUUUGAGACAGCCUUCUUGACUCCAAAUGUGGCUUCUGGGUUUUCUGUUUAAGCUAUUAUGUUCUUUGCAGAGGAUGCAGUACUUGUGAUCUCACUGCUUUGAUUGAUUGGGGCCAUUCAAAAUACUUAUUUAAAAAUGUACUUAAUGAACUUACAAAGCAAUAUAUAGAGUAGUCACCAUAUACUUUUUGACUUGCAUAGAAGAAUCCAAAGGUGACACUGUGAUUUCUAAAAGAAGCUGAUUGUUCUUGGCAUUUAAUAAAGUUAAACAGAGAUCAUUCUAGCAGGGACUUUCAAGUUAGAACCAAUUUGCACUGGUCUUUUUGUCUGGAAGAGAGCUGUUUUAUUCUAAAUCAAACUGAGUUACAAUCUUAGGAGACUAGCAAAAAACAAGCGGAUAUAGAGAUCUUUAGCAAUUCAGAGAUUUUGUGUCUCACACACACACACACGCUAAUCUAUAUUUAAUUCCAAGAUAAAGACUGAAAGAUUUCUUUGAAUGUCCUUGUAUCAGAAAAGAAAGUCACCUAAAAAUUAAAGAAAAUCAUUACUCGUUUAUUUCUUAUUAAUGGAGAACUACUAUGGGUUGGGUUUUGGUGAUGACCUGAGAUGAGCAAAAUGCAGCUCUUGUUGUAAGUCAUGGUUUGUGCAGGAUGUAAAGCAUAAGCAAGUUAGCAUUACAGUCAUAGUUUGUGCAGGAUGUAAAGCAUAAGCAAGUUAACAUUACAGUUUGAUAAACAGUAAUUGACUCUACACAGUUCCUGUGCCAUGUAGGAAGCAGUUGUAAGGGUAUAUUGCCUAUAGGUGAUUUUAAUGAGGUGAUCUGAGAUAACUGAAGUUUUAUGAUCACCAUAACCAAAUUCAACACCUGUCAACAUGGCACAGGCUUUCCUAAACACAAUUAUAGAUCCUAGAGCUGAUGGAUCAUGGUUUGGAAGUGAACUCCACUUCCCAUGGCCACUUGUGCAGUCACUUGUGACUGAUGACAUUGCACUCAAGCUGCACUGCUUUGUAGCUGUUAUCUUUGAAGUUACUCAGAAUGUCUUGGGGAAAUAUCUGCAAUUUGACUUUUCUAAAGCUUUUAAUUUUGAAAUAAUUAUGGACUUGUAGGCAUUGAUAUUGCUACAGACUACCCUUUAGUUUGAUUCUGAUGUCUUUUCUCAUAACAUAUUUUGAAAGUGCAUUUGGGCUUGAAGCUCAGUACGUUGGUGUUUAAUAUGGAAUAAUCACACUGAGGAUGAUUUAGGUGUUUGGAGUUUUAUCAUGCACUUUGAAGAUUUUAGAGAGAUCAAAAGGAUUUUAAGUAGAAGCUGGCUCAGUUUUUUGCCAGUUCAUGACUCUUCUUCAGAACUUUUGUGUUUGGCCUUCCAGCCCCUGGUGAAGCCCGCCUCAGCUAAUGAGGCUGUGUCAAUUCUGCCCUGCAGAGCUUGUUCUGUUUGGACAGUACCCCUUAGUUUUUCUGUCAUAUGAGAGCAACUCCGAUUUCCAUUCACUUUACCCACUAGUGGGUCUACAGAGUAAGGCUGAUUGUCCUUCUGAGGAGGCCUGUCAGACCACACCUUGGCUGAGCACCUCUGUUUUCUUCUGUUUCUCACAUAAUAGGAUCUCCAGCUGCUCCUUGCCCCCAUCCCUUCUUGAGUGUUCUCUGAGCUCCUGUUCCUGUGGGUGUAUGCUUGUAUACUUCAGGCGUUCUGUUAGGAAUUGUGGAUCUCUACUUGUGAACUCCCAUGUGAGAAAGAGAACAGAAGUCUGAGACAAACUUAUUCCUUUUUGUCUUAGAAAUGCUUUCAAAAGAAGAAGGGAAACAAGCCCCUCUCUCUACUAGGCAUAAAUGACACUAGACCAGUUUUAAGUCUUUCCUUCUUGGUGCCUCUAGAGGGAGCUGUUGGUGGUGGAUUCCAACCCCCUCCCCCCACUAGUUUGAAUGUAAACUCAGAAUUUUAAGCUGUUCAGGUAAUUUUGGCUUCAGCACACCUGUCACAGAUUUCAAGAGCAGUAAUUUCUAUAAGAAAUGCUGUCGCCACAUAUAGGAAGAGAUGAGAAGAAUAAGUGGCAUUUGGUAAAGUUUUCCCUUUUGGUUUUCUGAAAUGGUUUCACCAUGUAGCACAGGCUGGUCUUGAACUCACUAUCCUCGUGACUCAGCCUCCUGAAUGCUGGGAUUAUAGGUGUGUACCACCAUACCUGGAUUAAACAUUUUCUUAAGUCAUAGCCUGGUUUAAGGGGUGGGGUGGGUUAUUCUGGCAUGUUUGCUGAACAACCAGGCAGACUAUCAGCUAGACCCAUGUGCAUGCCUGAGUGGUGCCUUCACUAUGCUUAUGUGUUUGUGACUUUUCCUUAGAAGAAAAUAGGUUGAAGACAUGAAUCCACUUUUUUUUAGAAACAACUUUUAGUUUUUACUUCUUACGUUAAAUACAAUGGCAGAAAAAUUCAAAAACAUUAAAUAGAGGAAAGUAAAAUUCUCUCCAAUGCCACUACCCAGCAGGUCACAGGUAGAACUUUGGAUGUGACCUUCCAGUUACAUUAUUUGUCUUUCUGCCUCUUUCAUGAUUAAUCAACCUUUUUGGAGUUUUCUUUAUCUGAUACAAAGAAAACAGGUGCGUAUUGUAUAUUAAUGGAAGUGUGCAUCAAUUACUGAACUUUUAUCCUGUCCUUGGCAGUGGGCAAAGUGCUUGUCAUACACUGAUUAGAGCUUAAGUAAUGUCCUGAAGGUCACAUGGCUGGUCAGUGUAGAUCUAGGAUUUCAGCCCACCCUGUCUGGCCCUUUCUCAAUUUGGCUCUUCUGCUUUCCCCAGUACAGCUGCCAUUCUUAGCAAACCAUACUGGCUCAUUCGAGGGUUAGCUAUUCUAUAUGCAUAAGCAUAAGACACUUUAAUUAGCAAAGGGACGUUCAUAGAAAUCCAGCCACUUGAUAAAGAACAGGGAGAAAAAUAAGGCUAGAAAAACCCAUUUCCACCAGAUCUGUGUGGAACCCUCUGGAAAGCAGAAUGGGAAAUACAAAGAGCCCUGGGUUUGGCCUUGGAAACUUCAAGUGCUAUUUUCUGCUCUGUUAGUGUGACCUUGGGCAAGACCCCACACCCCAUCUCCAGCUCUGUGACUUUACAAGCUUGAUGCUUGGGAAGGUAGUUUCUGAUAGUCUGAAUAGUCUGUAAACUUAACAUAAUACUUGUACUGUGUCUACAUUGAUACCCCUUUUAUAGAGCACGUUGUAUUUCUGUUUAUAAUUAAGACAGGUUAAUGACAUGCUCAAUGUCUGCUUUACUUUUUGAGGGUAUUUAAAAUUAAUCAGGGCUGGUAAUGUAGCUCAGUGUAAAGCACUUGCUUAGCAUGUACAAAACCCUAGGCUCAAUCCCCAUCACUCAAAAAAAUCACUAAACCAUAUUAAUUGCCCUUUUAUUUAUGACAUUUUUAAGUUUAUGCAUCCUUAUACCAUGUUAACUAGAGUGUAAAGAUUAAUGGCUGUUCCAUCAACUUUGUGAGAUUCAUAUUCAUCUAUCUAUGAUUGUGACAAAGGCUGGCCUGUAUGUCCUUUUUAUGCUACUUUCGCUGGGUUUUGGUAACCAGGUUAUGCUGGUCUCAUCAAGUAAGAUGACAAAAAGUGUAUGUCUUCAUUUUUGUGUUCUCUGGAAGACUGUGUAGUGUUAGAUUUUUAAACCAUCUUUAUGGAACCUGCUGGAGAAGCCAUCUGAGCCUGUAGUCCUCUUUAUGGGAUGCUUUCAUUUUAUUCAAUAAAUUCCAUUCAAUUUCUAAUGCUGUUUUCCUGAAGAAAUAUGCAUACUUACUCUGGCUUCCACCCAGUAUUGCUGCUGAGAAGUCAGUUAUAUGUCUAGGAAUAGCAUCCUUUCCUGUCCUCUGCUCUGGCUUAUCUAGCUGGAUGAACAGACUUUAGGAAAUCUAGGGAUGUAUGGGUGUCCUUUUUUUUUUUUUUACCUGAAGAAAUAAUUUUUUAAAAGGACUCUUUUUAGCAAGCUGUAUGAUGUUUUGCUAGGGGCAAUAUCACAAAAUGUUCCCACUUUAAGAUUCAAUUGACAUUAUACCAUAUGCCCAAAGCAACAUCUUCCUCUUGUUUGAGUUUCCUUUCUGGAGUGGUCACGUGUACCACAAACCACCAUCAUAACCUGUGCAUACAGUGACCAGCUUAAUGCUUUUCUCAUACAUAAUAUCUUUAGCGCCUUUUCUCUACCACUUCCUUUCCUGAUUGUAGCUUGGGUAUUGCAGGAAAACCUCUGCAUUUCUUUCAUAAAAAAAAAAUUACAAUCACAGGGUGAAGUCAUUAAGGCAAGCUCUACCUCUGUGACAGAGAAGAGAGAAGUAAGUUUUAAAGUUCAAUUAAAUACAGUAGAGAUGUUUCUGUUAAGAGGCCUAGUUUAGGUAAGUCAUAUAAUGACUCUAGCAGCUAUCAUAUUUUCAUACUCUUUUCUUCAUAGGUUCCAGCAGGUACAAGGCACAGAGGCCUGUGCGUGUGGCUGUGAGUAGCCAGAAGAAAAGCCUUUUUCUUUUUUCAUGGUACUGGGGUUUGAACUUGGGGCCUCACACUUGCUAGGCGGCACUCUAUCACCUGAGCCACUCCGUCAGUCCUAUCACAUACUUCUAAGACAGGGACUGUCUGAACUUUGGAAGGGUU